AGAUUAGAAAUGGGAAACCACACCAGUUAUGAAGAAUUCAUCCUCUUGGGCUUUCUGAUUGGGCGAAAAGCAGAGAUAUUCUUGGCCACAAUGCUGAUGGUGGUGUAUACGUCAACGAUAUUUGGUAACUCGGCUAUUCUGUUCAUUACCAUUACCGACCGUUGUCUCCAUACGCCAAUGUAUUUCUUCCUUGCCAACCUCUCUGUCCUAGACCUGUUUUUUUCAACUGUAACCGCUCCCAGUUUGUUGAGGAAUCUCCUCUCUGGAAUCAAGACCAUCUCCUUUGCUAGCUGCAUGGCCCAAUCCUAUUUCUACUUCUUCCUGGCAACAGUGGAAUACUUCCUCUUGACGUGUAUGUCCUAUGACCGCUUUGUGGCCAUCUGUAACCCAUUACAUUACCCGGUGGUCAUGAACGAUCAUUUUUGCGUUCAAAUGGUGAUGGCUUGUUGGUUGGUUGGGUUUGCUUUUGUCCUCUAUCCGACCAUCAUGAUCACCAGGUUCUCCUAUUGCCGCUCCAAUGUCAUCGAUCACUUCUUCUGUGACAGUGAGCCUCUACUGAAGUUAUCUUGUACAGAUACCAGCUCGAUACAAAUCGUCCUGUUUGUAUUAUCCUCCAUCGUCAUUCUUUGUUCUUUGAACCUGACACUGGUCUCUUAUAUUUACAUUGUCUCUGCUAUUUUGGUUAUACCCACUGGCUCUGGGAGGAAGAAGGCCUUCAACACGUGUGUGUCUCAUCUCACUUUGUUCUUGAUGGCUUCAAGUGUCUCCAUCUUACUGUACGUGAUCCCAUCUAAGCCGUCGACUUUGGGGUCUCGCAAAAUCCCGGCGUUCCUCAGCAGCAUAAUUAACCCAUUCCUGAGUCCUUUUGUGUACACUCUGAGGAACAAUCUGGUGAAGACAAUCCUGCUAAAGCUCAUUGAUCGGGCUCAAACCUUCACGGUUCAGAAGGCGGAGAAAUUCUUCAUAAUUGUGGUCAGGUUUGUAGGGAAAGCCAGAAUUUAAAACAGUGACAUCCCACUCUUUUUUUUCCCUCAGACUGAAUAUGGAAGCCAUGUUCCAGAACAUUCCGAGAAACAAGCCUGGGAAGAUUAAACAACACCUCUAUAUUAUAUUCAACUUAAUGCAAAUGACAUUAAAAUAUUCAAACAA